AGUAGCGCACCCGUCGUUAAUGUUACCGACGAUUUUAUGUCGGUAUGCACGUACGACAUACGAGUCUUUUGGCACGUACCCCUACUCUCCGGCGCGCGCAGCGACUCACGGGAUUCCGUGUCAUUCUCAUAAACAGAAACGGCAACACACAUAGGUAGACGACCGACGACGAAGGAGGAAAUCUGGUGUUUCGUUUUCAUCUGUGAUUCGUGACGGUGAAUCUGAAAUACGGGAACAGUUCCUGGCUUGUUUUCUAUUCAUUGCGUUCAAGAGUAAUACUUACGUGAAAAAGUUUACACGUUUUCACGAUAAAGCACCAUUGAAUGAGUGCUCGACAGUCUCUAGAUCUCGAUAAGCCACGGAUUCGUCAGAGCAACUUUCGGAUCUGGACGCAGCUGAGGCGGACUCGAACAUGAGCUUUGCUGAAAAACCAGAUGGCACUUCCAAGGACGAGUGGGUGGCUAAACUCGAGGAAGGAUCCCAUAUUCAGCGUGUCUCUAUGAACAACUUGAUCAUGAAUUAUCUGGUAACCGAGGGUUUUAAAGAAGCUGCAGAAAAGUUUCAGCAAGAAUCAGGUGUGGGUCCAACUGUCGAACUCAAUUCACUCGAUGACAGAAUCCGUAUUCGUGAAGCUAUCCAAAACGGGCGCAUUCAAGAAGCUACGGAUUUGGUCAAUCAACUGCAUCCGGAAUUACUGGAUAACGAUAGAUAUUUGUACUUUCAUCUGCAACAGUUGCAUCUCAUUGAGCUCAUCAGAACCGGCAGAAUCGAAGAGGCUUUACAAUUUGCCCAAGAUCAGUUAAGCGAAGCUGGAGAAUCUGAUGACAAUAUACUUAGCGAGUUGGAAAGGACUUUGGCCCUUCUGGCUUUUGAAGAGCCUCACAAGAGCCCGUUCAGUGAUUUGUUGCAACCAACUCACAGACAAAAAAUAGCGAGUGAAUUAAAUGCUGCAAUACUCAAAAUGGAGCAUCAAGAAUCGACGAGUCCGCGAUUGAACAAUCUGCUAAAGAUGAUACUGUGGGCUCAAGACGAACUCGAUAAGAAGAAAGUAAAAUACCCGAAAAUGACCGAUCUUGGUAGCGCUACCAUCGAGAGUCCUAAGUGAAGAAAAAAAGAACAAUAAAAAAGCAAAUCGAGGAAGAAAAAUCCCGUAGCUCGUACGUUCGGUUACAAAAAGAAUGACGCUGUCAUUUUUUUCCUUUCUAUUUAUUUAAUGCUCCUUCAAAGACUGCGUCUAAGAUCAUGAGUAUCGUAAAAAAAAUUUCUGGCUCCAAAACAAAAAUCGCGAAACUGAUUUACGCCGAGAAUUUAUUAUAUAUCUGUAACAUCUACAUUGUUAUAAUGAUUUUUUCUUUUUUUUCCUUUAUUUUUAGUCUCAAAGAAAUAUGUAUAAAUAUUAUUAAAUUAAUCUAAAGAACAUAA